UCAGCUGGUAUGGCCCACUGAUUAUUACCCUCUACUGAUGUUCCAUGUAGGCAGCAACGAAGUCCCAACAAGAAGGCUGAGGUCGGAGAGCUCAUGUGAAGCAUUUGGAGAUGCUAAAAGAUCCAUUUCUGCUGAGAUACAGUCUUUUUGAUUAUCAUGACUGUGUUAGGAACAUCUCCAAGAAAUCCUGUAUGUGUGAUGAGAACUUUUGGGCUCAGAUAUUUCAUGAGACAUGAGGCUUUUACUGUGCUCCUUUGUGUGUUUUUCCAAUCAGCGAGGAUAGGCCUUUCUUACGCCACGUGAGUUCUGUUUCCCGUGGAACUGGAGCCCACAGCUCAUAGAGGGAGGGAGCAUUGUUCCCUAGCAACCACCUCCACUCUGCAGCCUUCAUCCCACCUCCAUACCUGGACUUCAACAGGACCUGCCUGCUUGUACCAACCACCAGUCACCACACCAGCCAUCAUGGACCAGAACUGUCAGGCUCGGGACAAUGCAGCAUUGGGAACAAGACAGAAAAGACCCAACAACUGUACUGAAAUGACAAAAAACUCCUCAGCCUUGGCAUCUCUUUCAGAUUACCACCAGCUGAGUUGCAGCUUGGGAAUAAAUCUCUUCCAAGGUGCCCCACUGAAGAGCCAAAGCUUGAUGAAAGAUUCCUACACCCCUGAUGUAUUUCAGAAGGCAACCAGGGAUCCCAAACAUUGGCAUGGGAAAAAAAUCAAUGAUCUAGGGAGAUGGUAUGAGAAGCAUUUCCUAGAUAUUAACGUGCAGAAAGCCAUGAAGGAGAAACACGGAGGGGGUAAAAAAGGCAGUUUCUAGAAGGUGAAGAUUGAAGAUUGAAGAUUGGACUGCAUUCAAUGAGUCUUCUGCUGUCUAAUAAACCUACCUGUGAAACCUGAACCUGCUAGCUGGCAGCAGCAAAUUUGUUCCUGGUGAUUUCUCCCCUCUCUAUUAAAGUGUCUCUGGGGAGAGCAGUGUGAGGUAAGUCUGAAUAUGCAAACAAAAAAAAAAAAUCACUUUGCUGGUCACUGGUGCAGUGGGAAGGAUUAGUGUGUGAGGCCCAAACCUUUGCAGAAGGAUGUGGUGUAGAGAGCAGCCCACAAAGAAAUUCACCUGCUCAGCAUGUAAGGUGGAGCAGGACCUGUGAGUGGUGUAAGAGGGCAGUGAUGGAAGCGGUCUGUGUGAGCAAAUUCAUGUUUGCCAGAAGAUUCAUGACACUUUUACAGCUGUCCCAGCACUCCAGAGAGUACAGAGGAUGCACUGGGAACCAACCAGGGAUGUCCCAGCAGCAGAAAUGUGCUAAAGCAAAUGGAAAUUCACCUGAGGAGACAUCAGGCUGUUUGUGAAAGCUCGCUAUCUACAGGCCAAGCCAGCUAAAAUAAAACUGAGGAAACAACAGCUUAUUCCACGUAAAGGGAAGAGGAAAGCUACAAGAAGCCUCAGGACUCCUCCAAUGCACAGAUCACCCCACAAGAUGCAUGUGCCCUUACUGAAGCUCCCAUAAGCCCCCCUUGCCCCUGGCAGCCCUUUCCCUAGCUCAGAG